AUGAUUUUAACUCAAUUGAUUCCUCGAUAUCUCAAAAUAACCCGCGACCAUCCGUAUCAUUUGAUGCACACUAUUAGGAGACAGAAGGAUGAAGUAUUUUUCAUAAUGAUGGCGACCGUGGACAAUGUACUAGUACGUGAUGUGCUGAAAAUGGAGCGAAUCGGGGCACAUUCUCAUAUUCGUGGCCUUGGAUUAUCUCCAAAUUUGGAACCGGAACGAGUUUCUGAGGGUAUGGUCGGUCAGAUGGAAGCACGACGGGCUGCUGGGAUUGUUGUGAAAAUGAUUCAGGAUGGGAAAAUCUCAGGUCGAGCGGUGUUAUUAACAGGUGAACCUGGUACUGGAAAAACAGCCAUUGCAAUGGGUUUGUCACAAGCCCUUGGUGAAGACACGCCAUUUGUAUCGAUAACUGCUUCCGAAGUAUUCUCGAUGGAAAUGAGCAAGACUGAGGCAUUAAUGCAAGCUUUUCGAAAGGCUAUAGGUGUGCGAAUCAAAGAAGAAACUGAGUGUAAAACAGUUUCAUCAAUAUUCUAUUUGUUUAUCCAAUUUUUGUUUUGGGUAUUGGAAGGUGAAGUGGUAAGCAUUGAAAUUGAUCGACCAGCAACUGGUGGUGGUGCAAAAGUGGGGAGGCUUACAAUGAAGACAACAGAUAUGGAAACAAUUUACGAUCUUGGCAACAAAAUGAUUGAAGCAUGUAUAAAACAGAAAGUCGCGGCUGGCGAUGUAGUGCAAAUUGAUAAAGCUUCAGGUCGUAUAACAAAGAUUGGUAGAUCAUUUUCACGCACUUAUGACUACGAUGCUUUGGGUCCGCAAACAAAAUCUGUGCGGUGUCCUGAAGGUGAAAUCCAAAAACGCAAAGAAACUGUUCAUACAAUUGCAUUACACGAAAUUGAUGUAAUAAAUUCACGAACGCAGGGGUUCUUGGCCUUAUUUUCAGGGGACACUGGCGAAAUAAAAAAUGAAGUGAGAGAACAAAUUAACAAGAAGGUAGUCGAAUGGCGGGAGGAAAAUAAAGCAGAUGUUGUUCCUGGUGUUUUGUUUAUUGAUGAGGCACAUAUGCUAGAUUUGGAAUGCUUUUCAUUCUUGAACAGGGCCAUUGAAUCCGAUCUUUCUCCCAUUCUUGUAAUAGCAACCAAUAAAGGACAUGAAUAUAUUCGUGGAACACAAAUCAAAAGUCCUCAUGGAAUUCCAAUUGAUCUUUUAGAUAGAUCAUUAAUAAUCCGAACAAAACCGUAUUCGAGCAAAGAUAUUGAAGAUAUUUUGCGCAUCCGUGCACAAGAAGAAUCUGUGGAAAUGGAAGCAGAUGCGUUUGGCAUAUUAACCUUACUGGCUGGUAAAACCUCGCUGCGAUAUGCUAUGCAACUGAUUUCAACUGGGAAUAUUUUACGUGAACGAAGACGUGGUGAAAAGGUGUCACCGGCAGAUCUCAAACGAGCUUAUUCUUUAUUUAUGGAUCAUAAAAGGAGCGAAAAGUUCUUGAACGAUUAUCAGAAACACUUCAUCAACGACUAA